UCACAGAAAAAUGAGAAAACCGUCUUGUCGUUGCCGGGGACGUUAUACAUGAUUAUCCAUCAGUUGGAAUACGGACGCUGACAGGUCCCUCACCACAGUACAUUUUUAGAAAUGACCUGUGUUCAAAGUCAACAUGGAGUCCAGACCUAUGAGAGCUCCCUCUUCAGCUCAGAGUUUUUGAAUCCUGACUUCACCUCCAGGUUGGCCAUGGAUGUGACUGACCAGCUGGACCAGCUCUCCACACCCUCCCUGCCCAGCAUCACCUCUCUGGUCGGAGGCUACGUUGGCGAGUUUGAUACCUACUCAUGCCAGAUCGCAACGGGCGCUCCUUCUACCUUUGCUGGUGGCACCUCUGUGCAAGACUCGUUCAAGUUGGACGACCUCCAGGUGUACGGCUGUUACCCAGGCACAUUCGCCUUGAGUUACCUAGACGAGACGUUGUCUUCCUCAGGUGGGUCAAACUGCUUUGGAAGUCCGGCGUCUGCACAGUCACCCUCUACCCCGGGGUUCCAGCACAUGUCCGCCUGGGAUAGCACAUUUAGUCCCUGCUCCCCCGAUGAGGGAUGCUGGGGUUCAGAGAAGCCUCUGAACCAGACUGGCUCUUUCUUCACAUUCGGGCACGUCACAGUCGACGAGCUCUCUCAUCGCAGCUCGCUGCCGCCACAACUUCCAGAUCAGGACCUCUUUUCUCAGACCCAGCAACACGGUUCUCCGCUUCCCUACAGCCCACUCGGCCUGGAGCAGGGCAGUCGGGAUGGCUCGGGACUGAUGGAUGGACAACUGUCUCCAAAAAUAAGGAGCCCCACAGGAAACGAGGGACGCUGCGCAGUGUGUGGAGAUAACGCUUCCUGUCAGCAUUACGGAGUGCGAACUUGCGAAGGAUGCAAAGGCUUUUUUAAGCGCACAGUACAAAAAAACGCUAAAUAUGUUUGCCUCGCCAACAAGGACUGCCCAGUGGACAAAAGGCGGCGAAACAGGUGCCAGUUCUGUCGCUUCCAAAAGUGCCUAGGUGUCGGGAUGGUGAAAGAAGUUGUGAGAACAGACAGCCUGAAAGGUAGAAGAGGUCGUCUUCCGUCCAAGCCAAAAGCGGUUCAGGACUCAUUGUCUGUCUCUUCACCUGUCAACAUCAUUGCCUCUCUCGUAACUGCCCAUAUGGACUCAAACCCUGCCAGUGGAACUCUAGACUAUUCAAAGUAUCAGGAAUCAGUAUCUGGAUUGUCUGAGAAGGAGGAUGCCAAUGACAUACAACAAUUUUAUGACCUGCUAACAGGGUCAAUGGAUGUGAUCAGGAAGUGGGCUGAAAAAAUCCCUGGAUUCAAUGCCUUCUGUAAGGAGGACCAAGAGCUUCUUCUUGAGUCAGCAUUUGUCGAGCUCUUCAUACUUCGGCUGGCCUACAGGUCAACCCCUGAGACAGAUAAACUUAUUUUCUGCAACGGUGUGGUUCUGCACCGGACGCAGUGCGUACGAAGCUUUGGUGACUGGAUCGACUCCAUUAUGGACUUCUCUCAGAGUUUACGUCGCUUGAACUUGGAUUUGUCGUCUUUCUCCUGUCUUGCCACACUGGUCAUAAUCACAGAUCGGCACGGCCUGAAAGAGCCCAGACGGAUCGAAGACCUCCAAAACCGCCUGGUCACGUGUCUCAGAGACCACGUCUCCACAAGUGCCCCUGAGGCCACCCGGCCCAACUACCUGUCCCGACUCCUGGGCAAGCUUCCGGAGCUGAGAACACUGUGCACCCAGGGCCUCCAGCGAAUCUUCUAUCUUAAACUGGAAGACUUGGUCCCACCUCCACCCAUUGUGGAUAAAAUCUUCAUGGACACAUUGCCAUUCUGAAUGCGCCAAAGAGAUUUUAUAAAUGGACAAACUGAUGAAAGAAAUGGAUAUGAGAUGUUUGGGGAAUUCUUGGUGGUUUGACUAGUCAAAGGACUGUAUCGCUUGCUGUUCUCUGCUUUCUUGGAAUGGAAUCAGAGAAAGAUUACAUUCUAUUUGAGCCUGCAUUUGGGAACCUUCAUUACGUAGUCUUCAACAUUGAACUCACUAACAGACACAUAACGAGAAAUUUGCAUUUGGCGGAACAUUCUGGUGACUCUAAACAGACCAGGAGUUUCAAAUCCUCAUAUAAAUUGGUGGCUUGAGUUGGUAGCAUUUCAUGUCAAUGGUGCUAAUCAAAUGCUCUAGAUGUAACCUCUGAAUUAAAAAGAAAUGGUAUUCCCAUCAGUAUUACAGCAAUGUUCAGAGGGCCUAUUCCAAAGAGAAAGCAUCCAAGAAUCCAGUAAAACAUCAAGUUAGGAAGGCCAUGGACCAAAAAAGGGAGCAGAAAUAGCAUUUACUUGGAUGUUUAAAUGCUCAUACAAAGCCUUAAAUAUUCUCAAGUGCCCAAGCAUUAUCUCUCCUGAACAUGUUCAUAAACAUGCACCUACACUGAAAACAGAGAUACACUGAUACACUUGAAUGUAUUCUGCAUUCAAGGACUGUGGUAAACACUUUUCUAAUAUUUCUAAAAAAAGUGUAUUUUAAGAGUCAGUAGUUUCUAUAAAUAUAAUAUAUACAGCUCAUGAUUAUUUUCCAAAAGGUCACAAGAGAUCCAGUGCAGCUACUGUACCACGUACAGCCUCUUUCAUGCAAAUACUUUUGAGUAUUAUUACAGAUGCCUGACUUAGUUUAGUGUGCCAGUCAAUCCUUAGAGUAAUUAUAUUUGUAUGUAUGUAUUUUAAGGAUGUGUAGAGCUCCUACAGACUGUAACUCUUUUCUCCCAAUGACAAAAUCAGGAUAGGGCAUUCAGAAUUUUUUUACAUACAAAUGAAAGGUAUUGCUUAUCUUUCAUUGAUUUUGUGCAGCUCUCUACAUAAAAUAAAAUUUGAACGAAAACCC